AUGUCAUCUUCGCUUUCCAUUCCAUCAUUUGACGAAAUUUUAGCUGCUCAAUCUCGUUUGCAUGGUAUUACUAUUCGUACGCCACUUCUCAGACUUAAUUAUGAUAUUCCUGGACUUGAAAUUUAUUUAAAAUGUGAACAAUUUCAACCGACAUCAUCAUUUAAAAUACGUGGUGCUACAAAUAUCGUCAAAAUUCUAUCUUCGAAACAGAAAGAAAAUGGUAUUGUUACAGCAUCAUCUGGGAAUAUGGCAAAAGGUGUAGCUUGGAUAGCGAGACAAGAAAAUAUUAAAUGUCGAAUAUUAGUACCUGAUACGACAAACGAAGCCAAACUAAAGGCAAUUGACCGAUUGGGCGGAGAAAUCACUAAAUGUCCAUUCGAUGAAUGGUUUCAAGUCAUUGAAAGUCAUCAGUGUCCAAUGUUGGAUGGAUAUUUUAUUCAUCCAGCAAGUAACCGACAUGUCAUGGCCGGAAAUGGAACAAUAGCAUUAGAAAUAUUAGAAGAGUUGCCAGAUUGUGAUGCAAUACUUGUUCCAUACGGAGGCGGUGGAUUAAUCACUGGCAUUUCAUCUGCAGCCAAACAUUUGAAACCAUCUAUUGAUAUUUUUGCUUGCGAAAUAGAAACAGGUGCUCCUCUUCAUGCUGCCUUCAAUGCUGGUGAUACGAUUCGAAUUUCAGUUCAAAAUUCAUGGGUCAAUGGUAUUGGCAUUUCAAGUGUCCUAAAAGAAGUUUGGCCAAUAGUCAAAGAGUGCAUUGAUGGCGCAAUUGUUAUUACAUUAAAAGAGACAGCCGAUGCAUUAAAAUUAUUAAUCGAAAGUAAUCAUUUGAUAUGUGAAGGUGCAAGUGCAACAGCACUAGCUGCCAGUUUAUGGCAUUAUAGGAAUUUAUUAGAAAAUGGUCAAGCUGGACGAAGAAGAAAUUUAAAACAAGAACCUGUAAAAAUCGUAGCAAUUCUAACCGGUGCAGGGAUUGAUAAUGAAACAAUUAUCAAGUGUUUGAACGAAACUUUAUAA